AUGCUUCGUGUACUUUCGAGUCAAGAAUUUUAUCAGGCGCUAGAGUCUGCCAGACGUGGCCGUACAGAAUAUGUACACAUUUUUGAUCUUCGACUUCGAUCCAAUUAUAUCCGUGGUCAUAUUAAAGAUGCAAUCAAUGUGUCUCUGCCAAGUGCUUUGUUACGCCGUCCUUCCUUUGACAUUGGUAAAGCAUUUGCAUGCCUCAGUGGUUCCAUAAAGAUCACAGACUUAAUUGAUCUGUCGUGUCUUUUCAUAUACGAUGCUGCAAUUGCUGGUAUGAAUCGUAUUCAUGAUUUUGUUGAUAAAUUCCGUCGUGGAGGCUAUUCCAAUGACAUUUAUGUUUUGUCCUCAGGAUUCGAAGAGUUCGCCAAAUCUUGCCCUCAGAAAAUCGACUAUGAUAGUCCAUCACAGUCAAUCGAUUACUGUAUGUUUGAUGCCGUUAUGCCAAGAAAAACAAAGGCGUUUGAGUUUCUUGACCCCACUCCCGCUUCCACAACAAUUUCACCGGACUAUAGUUUUCCACUUCGCGUCCCCAUCAAAAUUCCGACUCCCAUUUUCUCUCCUUCCCUUACAUCAGAUACAUUUACCGAACGUUCAAAUCAGUUAGAGUUUCCGGGCCUCGAAAACUUUGCUAGCCCUGCAACUCUUUCUCCCAGAUCUCCGCAUACUCAAAAACAUACACCUCAGCUAAUGCCUUCCACUAACGCUAUUGUUCCUGCUCCAUAUGAGGUUCCGUAUGUGCCGAUAUCUCCUUCGGUAUCCCGUUUUUAUUCUAACCCGAUCACUCCGGUUGAAAAUAAACUGAACCCGCUAUCACCCUCCAUGCCUCAAAAGUCCCCUUCGUCUAGACCUGCAUUGCGCUCGCUGUUCUCAUUUCCUUUAACCCCCCGAAGGCGGCCUCAUGUGACGCGUUCUCGGAGUUCUUCUUCUUCUUCUUCUUCUUCUUCUUCUUCAUACAACAGUAUUGCUUCACCCCAGCAUUCCCCUGCUCAUCUACAGGUUCCUAGAAAAAACUCUGGAAAUGCUACUUUUGAAAAAGUCGCAAACUCUGUAAAAAUCCAGCCUAAAGAUUUCUCUGAAAAUAUUCCAAGGGCAGGUAAGAGGUUUUUGCCAAAGAAGCCUGGUAGUUUACGAAGAAAGAAUAAACCAUCCUUUGGAAAGGAUUUCGAUGGAGUAUUCUCUACAGCUGAAAAUAAGAAUACUUUUCCUAAUCCUUGGGGAUCUUUCAAACAAGCCACGCCUCCUCCAGCGGAAAUGAUGGCGGAUUUGAAUACAGCUUCAAUAUACUACAAAUUCAAGCGUUUAGAAGAGCUCGAGCAAAAAAGACGUAUACUAUCCAAUGAUGCAAAAUCAGAUUGGUCUUGUUUAGCGUCUGGCAAGAAUGUCCUUUUGAUUCGUAAAAACCGCUACACAGAUAUUGUGCCCUAUGACAAAACCCGUGUCCGUUUACACAACAAGGAUGAAAUUUUUGAUUACAUUAAUGCUUCGCAUAUAUUUUUUGAACCUAAUCAUUACAUAGCUAGUCAGGCCCCGCAGCUCGAUACCCUAGUAGAUUUUUGGGAAAUGAUCUGGCAUAACAUAGGCUCUGAUGGGGUUAUUGUGAUGCUGACAGAUUUAUUUGAGGCGGGAAAUGAAAAAUGUUUGUUGUAUUGGCCUGACACUACACAUUCACCGAUGCAGAUUACGCCAACAUUAGAUGUGGAGUUAGUAGAGAAAACAACGCUCGAUGAUUUUCGGCUAGAAUGUCGUGUUCUUCGUCUUCGAAAUUCGUCUGAAGUCAAAGUUAUCCGACAUUUUUGGUUCCGUACUUGGACUGAUGGAGGGUGCCCUGGUACAAUAACCAAGGUAAUUGAUGCUGUAAAGUACAUUAACAAAGUUUCAAAUACUGGCCCUGUCUUUGUUCAUUGUUCAGCUGGUGUUGGACGUACCGGAACGUACAUUGCGCUUGCUCAGCUAGUUGGCAUGCCUCCGAGUGCGUUGCCAAAGGCGGCGAAUUUGGAGGAUUCUCAGGAUCUCGUAUUUCAAGUGGUUAAUACUUUACGAUGUCAUCGUAUGAAAAUGGUACAAACGUUCAAUCAGUUUCGAUUUUUAUACUCCAUUGCUAAACAUUUAUCGAACCCCUCGUUGGAUAUUGAAAUGAGCCAGAAGGAAGGGUGUGGUUUAUAA